CGAACCCGCAGAUGAUGAUUUGACGCAGUCGAGGACUGAGACCCAUGACUCUGAUCUGAUACCGAGAAGCAGCUGGAGCCAUGAGGGGAGACGCGGCGGAGAACGUCGCAGCGGAGACAGAAGGAGCAUCUGCGGAAACACAACCUAGAGUUGUGACGUUACGACAGAUGCUGAAGAAAGCUUCUCAGAACCCGUUCCUCCCCCAGUACACGACUCUCGUUUCAUCGCCCUCGGACUCCGGUGGAUCGUCUGUGAACGAGCCUCAGAAGGACGAGGAGCCGGCUCACGUGACGGACUCGAACCACCGGCACCACACGGUACAGAAUGGAGUCCAUGUGGACCCGACCAGGAGGAACCCGUUCUAUUCAUAUUACCUGGAGUCGGGCAGCAAAGGUCACGUGAUGGAGAACGUGGAGAGGGAAGUGAACCUGAACAGCAUCUUCGUCCCUCCACCUGAAUUCCAGAGCUCACCUCUGGAUCUUCAGCCCGAGCUUCACGGAGAGGAACCUCAGAACGACCUGUUCCCGACCUCCGCUCCGAGCCGGGGAGAGAACCUGCCGAACACGUCGACCCGACAGGAAUCUGCCGAUGGUCCUCAUCACGAUGAAACCUUAAACUCACCGGACUUAUUCAACGUGAACCCGCAAACACAGAACGUCUCCAGAGCCUCGGAGGGGGGGGGCUGUCUCCAGGCUGCUGAAGGAGCAGCUCGAGCUGAGGAGAAGAACCUCUUUGAGAAGCCCCCUCACAUCUUUGUGGAUCCUUUCAAAUCACCUCCUCACAAAGAGGAGGAUCUGCUCCAGUCUUCACAGCCCAGAGCCGGGAAUCCGUUUCAUACUGGUUCCACAGACUGGGCAGAUUUGGUUCCUCCUCAAAGUGGAGAAGUUUUCCACACGAGCCACAAACCAGAUCCCUCAACCAAACACUUUGACCCGUUCAACUCCUCGCACAAGGAGAACCGGGACGUGUUCUCAUCCACAAACACGUUUGACCCGUUCUCAAGCCCAGUCGAAAGGAAUUUGUUCCAAGACGUCUCCAGUCUGGACGACCCGUUCGGAACAACGCCUUCAAAACAAGGGGACCCUUUCCAGGAGGUCUCCAAUGGGACUCCAGACCUCUUCAGUCCACUUCCCUCCAGCAGCAGCACCGGGUUCUCUCCACAGCCGCUCAGCAGCACAUCAGAGAUGAAGCCGGACAUGCUGUCCUCUCCGGAUCUCUUCAGGGCGCCGCCAUCGGACUCUCUUCCAGCCAACCAACCAGCUUCCUCCAGCAGGUCACAUGACAUCGUGCUGACCACGCCUCAGGGAACCAAACAUUCGGUUCUUCAUCCGACUCCCUUCAGUCAGGCCCGGGGUCUGUCCCCCGGUCCGGCUCCUGCUGAGAUCACUCGGCAUCAGAGCUUCAAACGUCCACCGAAGCCACUCCCCCGAACUCGACCGCAGAGGAGAGAGAAUCCACAGAUCCCAGAACUGCCACCGAAACCAGGAGGGCCACCCCCCCCUCUACAGCCGGUCGAACCUCCUGCUCCUAAGACGUCUCCUAAACCGUCUUUCAGGAAUCUGCCGUCCAUCCGCCGCAAACCCAGAACUCCAGAAAGUCAACCAGUGAAGCCUGAGAACUACGUGGUCUACGAGGACAUCCUGCUCAUCGGACAGGAAAAGUGUGUGGAAGACUGGCCUGAGGACAGUCCACAGCUUAACCCUGAAUUCAGACCAUCUGGGAGGUUGAGACUGCGGCGAGAGUCCAUGAAGGUGCAGAUGGACCAAGAUGGAGGAAGUGGUGAGGACCAGGAGGCUUCUGGAAAUCCGAGCAAGAAGAGGGACAAGAAGCUCCGAAUGUCCCUCCUGUCCAGAAGAGGCCCGAAGGAGAAGUUUCCUGAAGACAUGAAAGAGGGGAGGAGCAGGACACUCUCCACCCCCCCGAGGUCCUCCAAGGACUUCUCCUCUGAAGAGCAGCAGGCUGCAGCAGAGCAUGAAGAUGAACUGAACGGCCUGGACUACAGAAAGAAACCUCUGAAGAACAAAGUGACUCAGCUGCUGAGACGAGCUUCCACCAAGACCUCAGUGCGGGGGGGGAAGAGCGCAAGCGAAUAUUCACCUAAUGACACAAAGGCGGCGGUGUCGGGGGAAAGUGAAGCUGAGGACGGAGCAGACGCUCAACAUGACGAGAAGAGAAAAAACAAGAUGAAAAUGAAGUUUGUGCCACAAAGACGAUUCACCAUCUCGCUGCCGAAGAUGGACGAUGAAGUGAAAGGUGCGACUGGAUACACUCCACAGAAAGGAUCCAAGGAUCGUGUGUUUGAGGACGAAGACGAGAUGAAAGACUUCGGUCCUCAAACCACGAGCAAGGGAAGUUUCACGGGCGACAGGAACUUCCAGGAAACAGAUGAAGAUUUCUACGGAUCUGACGACUUGAAACCCAAGAAACCAGCGAAGAUGAAAUUCCUGCACAAGAGUCACAGAAGCUCGAAGGAGAACGUUCUGGACGAGUCCAGUUCUCAGAGGAAGAAGAGCAGCUGGUCGGUGGAGGAGCUGGACGGGGAGGAGCUCUACGGGAUGGAAUACUCCAAACAGAAGAAAUCCAAACAUAAAGGUUUGAGCCCCCUUCAACCCAAAGCUAAGACGAGCUAUGAUACACCCAGACCGAGUGAGGCGAUGGGACGGAGCCACCGCUCACCGCAGCACGCAGCGCACGACGACUUUGCAGAGGAUGAAUUCACAGGGAGUCUUUCCACCAGUAGAGGAGAGAUGUAUUACAGUGAGCAGCAUUUAGACGACACCUCCAAACCGAAGAAGUCCCUGAAACUCAAAGGCUUCAAAAAGCACAAGACUAAGAGCAAAGACGGGCCUCCAGAGUGGGAGGAUCCAUCUGGAUUCACGUCGGGUGACUUCAUGUCAGAGGCGGCGAUGGUUCGUUCACACGUUUAUGGAAAAUCACAUGUUCCAGAAUCUUUAUAUUCACAGUACACGGCGGAGUGGAUGGCGGCUCAGCAGGAUGAACGAGCUAUGGCCGGUUUUCAGGAUGAAGACGAGGACGGGGACACGGACAGUUUGAUGGAGUGGUGGAACACCGUGGAGCAGUGGGACGAGCUGCCGUCGGACGACGAGAGCCGAGUCGUCCACGAGGACGAGUCCAGGUCCUUCAGCGUCUUGGCGGACAAGGUCCACCGCGGCCUGCGGGUCUUCAACAAGGUCUUCACGGAGCGAGCCGAGAUCCUGUGGCAGUCCAUCAUCCUGCUCCACGCCAUCUGCGACGACAUCAACGACUUCCACCGGAAAGCCAAGACCGCCGGCAUCACCACCAGCGCUGUGGGGGGGGUGGCGGCCAUCGCGGGUCUGGUUCUGGCGCCCUUCACCUUCGGCGCCACUCUGGUGAUCACAGCGGUCGGUGUCGGGGUGGUGGCCGGAGGAGCCUCGAUGGCCGCCUCGGAUAACUCCAACAACAUGCAUGACAGGAAGAAGGUGGAGAUAGCGCUGAAGGAGUAUGAAGGUCACCUGCUGGACCUGGGGAAGAUCCUCCACUUCAUCGAUCAGGGCCUUUACAAGCUGCGCGGCCACCCGUUCCUCCGGUCGGGCACCCAGCACUACUCGGAGGACUGGGAGACUCGCAGGGCGGUCCAGAUCAUCAGCCAGGUGGACUCGCCCGUGAUGCGAGCCACGGAGAUCACGGACGGGGCCAUCGCCUCGGUGCAGGGCCUCUUCAGGGGGAUGGACAAGUUCUUCGUGAAGGACUCGCGCGAGCUGAAGAAGGGCUGCAGGAGCGAGGUGGUGGAGCAGAUCAAGGAGGUGGCCAACGUGCUGAACACUGCGGUGAUGGAGCUCAACUCCAUCAGGGAAGAGCUGCAGGAUGCAACGGGAAGCGUGUGAGACUCCAGGUGGACACAGCGCUGCUAGAUCAACAGCGCCCUCUCCUGGCUGAGGGAAUGGUUCCACGUAGAAUUAUACUAACAUCAGAUUCUGGACUUCAUCAGAAAUUAAGGUAAAUUCCAGUCCGAUGCAAUAAUGUGAAGAUUUUAAUAAUAAACGGUUUUUAUUCAGCUGUGGAUUCAUAUGUUUUAACAUGUUUUCAGUUCACUGGUGAAAAUAACAGGGAAUCCUUGAUUAGAUUGUAUUACGUGAUUUAAAGGGUGUGGUCACAGAUUUUUAAAUGAUUUGUCCCCUUAUGCAUGAGGUAAAAAAUAUCAAAUCAAUAUAAACUCACAAAGAUUGAAUUUCUGCGACUGUAUUGAGUUGUAAUGUCUGUGUUUUUUGUUAUUUUUGUUGAAUCUACAUAUUGGAUAUCGGUGUAAUGAAGCAGGUUCUUAGUGGAUUCACAAUUUACACAUUGAUUUUCUGGAAUUAAACUUAUUUUUCUGUUCACAAAAUAUAAAAUGUUACAAUAUUCCUGUUUAAUCAGGGUAAUUUAUCUUAAAUAUAUAAUUUUAUGUCAUUGCGUCAUUAUGUUAUUGUUGUUUAUGUCGGUGAGUCGAACAAUAUCUUUUAUUUUUACAGUGCUCAUGUGUUUGAGCUGUAAAGAUUAGUAAAGAUUUCUAUCUCCGUAGAUUCAGAUUUGUUACGGCUCCUGAGAGGAAUGUACCUGUAAAUGUCUAAAGAUAUUUUAUUUUGUCAUAUUCAGGUAUUACACUAUGUGAAUAAAGAAGUUGUGAAUGUG